AUAUACUCGUACGUACUAACUUCAGGUAGUAGAGAAUAUAAUAUAUAUAUAUAUAUAUAUAGUUAGUGGACAACUUCUCGGAUUCAUUUGACAAACUCAAUCCGGACAUGAGUCAAUAUCCAGGAUAUCCAGGCUACCAGCCACCACCCGCGCCAGCCGGGUACUACCCUCAAGGAUCUAUACCCCCUCCACAGCCAGGAGGGUCCUAUCCACCCCCUACAGCUGGAUACGCCCCGCCUCCUACAGCGGGAUACGCUCCACCCCCGCCUGCCGGUUACCCAUAUCCCCAGCCGCCACCCCCAGUGACUACCACAUAUGUGACUGGUCCGCGACAUCAACACGACAGGUUUGUGUUUGGAGAUGGGUUCGGCGACACGAUGGUGUUCAGGGAGGGUGGUUUUCCAAACCACCACCACCACAACCACCACCCUAACAGGAUGGUGUUCCAUGACGGACACGGUGACAAGGUCGUUGUUACGGAAGAUCGGUUUGGAAACGAGAAAAUAGUUGUUAAAGAGGAACACGGUCACGGUCACCAUCACAAUCACCAUCACCACGGCUGGUAAAGAGAACACGACUUGCAGAAUCACAACACUGAUCCGGACAGAUGAAAUGAGAAUCAAGAACAUUAACUGUUAAUCAGACAGCCCACUGAGGAGAUUCAAACCCGACGAUUUGUUUUAGCCGUCUGCAGUCACUCAAGUCUUCAAAACGUAUCUGAAACAGCCACGGCGGAGCAGGGGGUGGGGGUGGCAGCUCUAGCCCUCUCCCUCCCAAUAAUUCUGAAUCAAAAAUAUUAUUGGAAGAAAAUCUUAAGACAUAGAUUAAUUUUACUUGUAGAAUGCAAGAAAUUACAUAUCAGGACAUCUAGUUUUAAAAUGUUUACGGAGGAGCAUAUUCCCAAACCCCCUAGAAACUUUUCUUUGCACCCUCGAUCUCAGUCAGCAGCACCACCCCUCCCAAACCCAACCUCCCCACCCCCACCCCACCCCUCCCAACCCCGACCUCCCCACCCCACCCACACCAACCUCCACCUCCCAUUGUCUACUUGCUUCCACCGUGCCUGUGAAAGCAUAAGUAUGCGAGACAGGGGAGACAUGUAUAGUGAUGGAGCAAAUCCUUGUUUUCAGGCAAAAAUGACAGAGAUAUUCAAGCAAAAGGACUCGUCAUGAAACCUUUACACCAUGUAUUUCGAUAAUUCUACUCAUAAUAUUAGUUGUAAUCAUGUAAAAAUGUGUAGUGAUUCGUUUGUAGCUGUUUGGCAGUAAUGCUAAUAUGAAUAAAUGUUGUUAUCCAGA